AUGGGCUCAAUGGCUUACGCGCCGCUCCUAAACACGACGAAUAAAUCGCCCUCGCCUCGGCGUCAUGUCGAUUCUCAAUCCCCAGCGUGGACCUCAACUACCCAAGAGCCUUAUUACUCAAAUGAAGAUAUCGAGAUUCUGCACGAGAUUGUUUCCAUCGCCCAAGAAAAGUUGGACAAUGUCGGCGGCGCGCGACUACUUCCUGCCGCUGCUCUGUUCAAGGCUUACGACGAAGUACUCCCCCAGCAUGGCAUCGACCCGGACGACGAAAAUCAUCUCUCACGCUUGAUAUUCCGUAUUGGAGGAGAAAAGGGCACCCUCAGCCUUCCUGAAAAGUUCCAAGCCGUCCUGGCUAACUCGCAGUAA